GGAGACAACAAAGGCGGGGCGCGUGACCGCGUCCGCUGCUACUACGGUUCUCGCCACUGCGCACGCGCACGUACGGACAGACGCACGGCGGGACGGCGGCCGUGAGCGCGCAAGGCAGCGGCGAGAAGAAGAAGAGGAAGAGGAGGUGGAGGAGGAGGAAGAGGAGGCGACAUGAGUGUCAACUGGGGCGCGGAACUGUGGGACCAGUUUGACAAUCUGGAGAAACACACCAGCUGGGGCAUCGACUUCCUGGAGAAGUACACCAAAUUUGUCAAAGAGCGAGCCGACAUUGAACUCCAGUACGCCAAACAGAUCAGGAGCCUGUCGAAGAAGUACCUGCCCAAGAGGAGCAAAGAAGAUGACAACAGGUACACGUGGUGCGCGGCUUUCGGCGCCACCCUUCAGCAGCUGGCCGAGUUGGCGGCGCAGAGAGAGGAAGUGGCCGACAAGCUCAGCUCGCACGUCGCCGCCGACCUCAGCAGGUUCACGCAGGAGCUCAAGGCCGAGAGGAAGUCGCAUUUCCAAGAUGGCCGCCGUGCCCAGCAGCACAUUGAAAAUUCCUGGAAGCAACUUGAGUCUACCAAACGCCGUUUUGAGCGCGACAGCAAGGAGGCGGAGCGAGCACAGCACAUGUGCGACAGGAUGGACGUAGACAACAACGUGGACGCUGAGAAGCGCUGCUCGUUUAAGGCCCGGCAGGUGGCGCAGCAAAAACAGCAAACGGCCCAAGAGUCCAAGAAGGAAUACAUGAGCACUUUGACUCAGUUUAACCAGGACCAGCACCAGCACUACCACACCAUGGUGCCCGUCAUAUACCAGCGCAUCCAGGAAAUGGAGGAGCGUCGUAUCGAGCGCGUGGGCUCGGCCAUGCGCUCGUCGGCCGAGGCGGAGAAGAAAGCACUUCCUGUCGUCAGCCGAUGUUUGGACGCCAUGAUGGAGGCCGCUGAGAGUAUCCAGGCCCGCACGGACACCCGCUCGGUGGUGCGCGCGUACAAGUCGGGCUUCGAGCCACCGGGCGACGUGGACCUGGAGGAGCACGCCGCCUCCAUGAGGCGGAGCAUCUCCGAGUCCAGCUACCUGGACGACCACAUGGAGGGGCGCAGGCACGGCAGGAAGCUGUGGCCUUUCCUCCGCAAAAAUAAAUUGCUGAAUCUGCUGUCGUCGCCUCACCAGCCUCCGCCACCGCCGCCCGCCUCGCCGUCUCCGGGGGGCGUGGCCGGCAGCCCGCAGUCCCCUCCCCCAGCCACCAGGGACCCCAUCGCGCAGCGUUUCAAUGACCUCAUGACCUCCGGCUCCCGAACCAGGAAGCAGUGCCUGCGCAGCCUCAAGAGAGGACUGUCACUCAAACUGGGCUCCGCCCCUGCGGACUGCAGCCAUCUUCCCAUCGAGCAACGGCGGAAAAAACUUCAGAACCGAAUUCACCACAUCGGACAAGAGAUCCUGCGAGAGCGAGAGCAAAGGGAGGCACUGGUGAAGAUGAAGGCAAUGUACCAUCAGAACCCGACCCUGGGGGACAGCGCCGCCCUGGAACCACGAUUGGACGAAGUAAGACGGAGCCUACACAGGCUGGAGGAGGAGCUUAGGAACAACCAGGCGUGGCUGGCGGAGGCUGAGCAGGGCGUGAGCGCGUGUCCUCCGCCUUCCCACUUUGGCACUGAUCCGUCCGCACCGGGGACUUUGAAACAGAUCAACACCACAAGUCCGGACAGCAGAGAAAGUCCCGACGGCAGCUACACGGAAGAUCCUGGCGCCGAGAUCCACUUCUCCAAAUCCCGAAGCUCCGACUUUGACGAUGACUUUGACGACGAUGAGCCGCUGCCCAGCAUCGGAACCUGCAAGUCGCUUUACCCGUUCCGAGGUCAGAAUGAGGGCACGCUGUCCAUGUGCGAGGGGGAACUUCUGAGUGUGGUGGAGGAGGACAAAGGUGACGGCUGGACACGCGUGCGUAGGAACCCAAACGAAGAAGGAUACGUGCCCACCUCCUACAUCAAAGUCUUCAUAGAGGCCAAAGGCUUUGUACAGACGAGUCGUCUGGUGUGAAGACGACGUGUGGAAACAGGAAUUGAGUUUGUUGAAGACACCAGAUGGCGACGUCGUCCUCUUCAUCUAACACCUUCGCUGUGUUGCCUUGGUAACCAUCACCAUGGUCAAGGGGGUCUCCAUGGUAACCAUAGAAGGCCACAAUCUGUCUCUUUUGGAGUACACACACACACACACACACACACACACACACACGCAUGCCUGCUGGUCUGGGUUCUGCCAAGGAAAGCAAAAGCAAACAAAAGUCUCGUGUGCGUGCGUUCUUCCUGUUUGGCCACACAAGGCGCUACUUCUGAUGUUAACGUUGAACUUUUAUUUUGAAAAAAGGAUAUAGGAUGAUGGAACUUAAAAGAAAGCCUUCAAAAUAAAAUGCCCCAUUUUGAAGUCAUAAUAUUAGGAACAGCUCAGUCAUGUGACUGUGUAACUAUGGACUCCCCUGCAAGCCCCGCCUCAAUAUUUUACCUCACCCCUGCCUCAUUGUUGUCGUGGUUGUGUUGGAUGUGAACGUCUUAUAUUUUUUUUUACUCUGACACGCCACUUCCUGUAUGUGCCCUAUUUCAAAAUAAAAGACCUCGACUAAGCCU